CUCCCAUUUGCCCCUCCUCGUACGGCUCUACUUGCAUCACACCAUUUACAUCCCCUCUUCGUUUUCUUUUGUUAUCCCCAAUUAUUGAUUGAAACUGCCCUCCCCUCUGCAAGAAAGUGCUGGAAAAUCAGAGAGAAAACGAAAGAAAAUUUACAUUAUGGGAGUCAUGGAAGGCUUGAACCCAACCACCAUGGCUCUCGCACUUCUCCGAAACAUGAUUACCUUCCUAUUUAUACACGUCGACAAGCCGCUUCUCUAUUUAUCGAAGAAGUACAAGCUUCUCCAAAUCAUUCGAUACCUUUUAAUCAGUUCUUUCUUCUUUAUUUUACGAUUAAUUCCUUCUUUCUUCCCUUCUCUGAACCCUAAACUUGACGAUUUCCCGAUUAAGCAGUCGAAGAACGAGAAGCUUGUGCCGAAGUACGGCGGCGGAGACUCCUGUAUCGCUCGAGCACUUUCGCAGCUUUUGUUGAUUGUUAGCGAUAUUCCGGUCAGUUCGAGGAAGUAUGAAGUUGCUCGAUCUUUAGCGGAGAGGAUUAUUGAUGAGAACCAUGGAGAGAAUGCGACGGCUCUGCAUGAAGUCAAUCGAGCAGUUCUAUCGGCGGCGUUUGCUAGGGCUCUUAGCCAGCUUGAAGCCGCCGUGGAGAAACUCGACCGCGAUCGGGUUGAACUUGGGGCUUCAAGGGCCGGUUUGGUACCACACCGGUUGAACCGGAUUAUUAAGACGGCUCGGAAGUUGGGGGAUGGGGCGUGGGGCCGGCUUUGGAAGGUGAAGGUGGAGGGCAAUUUGUCGGCGGAGAAGCUUUCCGCUGAGCUGCUCUGGUUGGCGCAGAAGAUGGCGAGUUGUGGGGUCGGGGAGGAAGCUGUGGGUAGGUGGGCAUCGGCUUCACAUUUGGCUUGGCUUGGUCUAUCGGCUGAGCCAAGGCUGCAAGGUUGGUUGGUUAAGAUCGCAGCAUUCUUGUUCAAGCUCGCAAGGGAAAUUGGGCAGGAGGACAAUGAUGAAGAAUGCCAAAAGGAGCAGCUUAGGCAAACGAGGAAGAAGAUGUUGAUCUCAUGGCUGCCGCUGCUUUGCAGAGCUAGCAAUGGCACGGAUGCACCCGUCCUCAACCUUCGUGAAAGAGUCGAUUCGGAGAGGAUUUUGGAAGAGCUUAUAGAGUCACUGGAACAGGAAGAGCAGCAGGAGCAAGUAUUGUCUCUUUGGCUCCACCACUUCACAUAUUGCUCCUCCUCCGACUGGCCUAACCUCCAUGACUCUUACGCUCGCUGGUGCACUGUUUCCCGUAAGCUCUUGCUGUUCCGGUGAAUGUGAAAUUACAUGAUUCAUGUAUUUGAUUUCAUUCAAGCCUAGUAUAUAUAUAUAUGAUCUGUAGAUAGGAUUUAAAAAAUAUGUAUUGUAAAUUCGACUCAUUAUAAUUUAUUUGGAAUACAAUAAUAAGAAGCAAAAUAUAGAGGAAAUUCAAUGAGUA